UGUACUAAUCCACACAGCGACCAGUAAAAUGUGUCUAAUAAAACACAUCAAACAAAUGAUGGUCAUUAAACAGAAACUGAACCGUUCAUAUUAUUCAGUGGACUGCCAGGUGUCGAUCUCAAGUAGCAUUUAGAGCUGUUAGUGUUAAAAUAAUCUUUAACAGUUAAACCAAAACUUCCUGUUUCCUAAAUGCAACUGUGUGUUCAUCACCAGACUCGGCUUAUUUUCUGUCUACACAUUGCAUAGCUUGCACCGGGACAUUACAUAGACAUUUCUACCAUGGUGAUAAAAUUAAACCCCUGGCUCAUUUUGACACUGAAGAUCACACUAACCCUGUGUCAAAUGGACACGGCGAGUCUAAAGACUCAACCCUGCGAUAUACAUGAGAAUGUAACUACAAUGACAGUUGUGGUCAACUGCCGUGGACGUGGACUCAGAAAGGUGCCAAUGCUCUUACCAAACACAACCCGCCUUGAUCUCUCCGAGAACAAGAUCAAGAACAUAACAGCAGGAGAUUUCCGAGACCUGGCGAAUCUGACCAAUCUAAAUCUGAACUGGUUGAAUAAGAAUGAGAAGGUCCUUAUUGGAGCUGGGGUGUUUUCCAAUAUGACCAUGCUACAAACACUGGACCUCAACGGGAUUGGUCUGAAGAAUGUACCAAAAGAUAUUCCAAAGAAUCUGCGAGAACUAACGCUGGUUGAGAACAAGAUCACCCGGUUAAACGCAACAUCAUUCAGGCAUGUGCAAAAUCUGUCAGUCAUUUACCUUUCAAAAAACUGCUACUACUGGAAUCCUUGCUCAAGUUAUUAUCAUAUAGAAGAAGGAAGUUUUUCUGUCCUUACCAAGUUGAAACAUCUUACUUUGUCUUACAACAACAUAACUCAUGUCCCUAAAGGCUUACCUGCCUCACUAAGAACUCUUGAGCUUGCUUCAAACAGAAUAUCGUACGUCGGAGAGCACGAUUUCCAAGGGCUCGACAAUCUGACAAGUCUAAAGAUACAAGGGAACUGUCCACGGUGUCAUAAUGCUCCAUAUCCGUGCACUCCGUGUAAAAACGUUUCCAUUGAAAUUCAUCCACGAGCCUUUGCGGGCCUUGAAAAGCUGCGUAUUCUGCACCUUGCGGGGAAUUCGAUACAGAAAAUCGAUCCUACUUGGUUCGCAAACCUCUCAAAGCUCGAGGAACUCUACCUAUCGUUUAAUUUCUUGUUCAGUGCUGUUGCCGAGAAUGUUUUCCUGAAUAAUCUACCACUGCUGACAAAACUCGAUCUCUCGUUUAACUAUGCCCUCAAGUGUUACCCAGACACAGUGACAUUAUCGCCCAGCUUUGCGAACUUGACCUCUCUGAGGACUCUGCACCUUCGAGGUUUGGUUUUUCGCGAAAUCCAUGAAGAGACGUUCAGCUCUCUGUUUGGUUUACGAAAUCUGUCUGUGUUGGAUGUAGGAAUAAACUUCAUUGUCCGCGCAAAAGCGGACGUAUUUGAAAAGUUUCAACAUGUGAAACUAAUCUAUCUUUCAGAAAACAGACUUUAUCCGGUGACUGUAAAUGGAGAGUUGCGUAGAGACGUGGGCAUUGGUUUAAAAUCUUCAUCUAUGGUGCCAUCAAUGUCAGAACCUUUUCCUAAAGAUAAUUCUUUUGACGUUCCGAAAGAUCUCGUAAAACCAGAGUGCUACGCUACCGGACGUGUGAUGGAUCUCAGCCGAAAUAACCUGUUCUUAAUCUCGCCUGAACAGUUUGAAACAUACGGGAAAAUAUCUUGCCUCAAUCUCUCAAGAAAUGGCUUUGCCACUGCUCCCAAUGGAUCUGAAUUCACAUCGCUCCCAGACCUCAAAUAUCUAGACUUGUCCUAUAACAAAAUUGAUCUGGCGUACGAUUACGCCUUCCGAGAGUUACAGAGUCUCGAGGUGCUAGAUCUUAGUUACAACCCUCAUUACUUCACUGUACAAGGCGUGACGCACAAUUUGAACUUUCUCAAAAAUUUGCCCGCCUUGAAAGUGUUAAAUAUGAGCUACAACAGCAUCUAUACGUUAACCACCAAAACCAUGUCAAGCAAGUCUCUUAAAGAGCUGCAAUUCCAGUACAAUAGUCUCGGGAAGAUGUGGAGGGUGAAAGACAAAACCUACGAUAAGCUAUUCGAAGACUUGACCAAUCUGACCUAUCUUGACAUAUCCUAUAACUACAUCGAGAAGAUCCCUCCUGCAAUUUAUAAACAUCUUCCCCGAUGCAUUCAAAGGUUGCAAAUAAGCCACAAUCACCUGACAAAUGUUAGUUGGGAAAGCUUGAGACAAUUCCCUAAUCUCCGAGAGCUCAUUUUAAAUAACAACAACAUCCUUAAAAUAUCUGGUAACUUGUCAGUUGAUGUUCCUUCUUUAGAGUUCCUUGAUCUGCGGAACAACCGUAUAUACGAGCUCUCCGGUGGAUUCCUCCUGGGAGCGGUAAACCUAAAGAAUCUUGAUCUCAGUCACAACCACCUCAUAACCAUCAACCAGUCCACGUUUCCAUCUGAAACCGAGAGAUACCUGAAGACGUUGUGGCUCAACGGAAACCCUUUCCACUGCACAUGCAACCUGCUUGAAUUUAUUCUGUGGAUUCGCAAGACUAACGUGAAGAUCCCCAGAUUGGUGACUGCAGUGACGUGUACCAUGCCAGAAGAGAGGAAAGGUUUGGCAGUGGUGCAUUUUGACAUUAAAGAAUGCAUCGAUGACCAGUUGGCCUUUCUGGCGUACUUCUUCUCCAUUGUUUGCAUCAUAUGCACUACUUUCGUGGCCGUCUCAAUGCACCUUUUCUACUGGGACGUUUCCUACUUAUUCUACUAUUUGAAAGCCAGAUUCACUGGGUAUAAGCACCUGAGCUCUGACAGCUGCCUCUAUGACGCCUUCAUCACCUACGACACCAAGGACACGCAGGUGUCUGACUGGGUGCUCAAUCACCUGCGAGUGCAGCUGGAGGAACAAGGCGAGCGAUUCCUGCCCAUCUGUCUGGAGGAACGGGACUGGAUUCCCGGUUCUGCCGUUCUGGACAGUCUCACGCAGAGCAUCCAACACAGCCGCAAAACCGUCUUCGUCCUGACCGAGCGCUACGUGAACAGCGGCUCCUUUAAGCUGGCAGUGUUCCUGGCGCACCAGAGGCUCCUGGAGGAUAACGAGGACGUGAUAGUGCUGCUGCUGCUGGAGCCCGUGUUACAGCACUCACACUUUCUGCGGCUGCGCAGGCGUCUCUGCGGGCGCAGUAUCCUCGAGUGGCCGCACUCACCGUCCGCCGAGGCCUGGUUCUGGCAGUCGCUGCGCAACGCCAUCCGUGUGGACAACCAGGCCAUGUACAGCGAGCUCUACAGCAGAUACUUCACCACUAAGUAGAAGAAACGAAGCAUAAACCUGGUUUGAGCUACAGAAACUCAAAUCUAAUUAUGUUAGACUUGUUUUUUGUUUUUUUUUACUGCCUGUGGAAAUCUGUGUAUUAGAAAGCAAAUAGACUUGAGAAACGAUCAAUGAAUGUUGAUGAAAAUUCUUUUACUAUUCUAGAUUUUUGUAUAAAGUGUAAGUAGAGAACAAAAGCGCACAUGAAAAGAAAAAGAAAAUAAUUUAGGCAUUGUGUGUGAGUGUGUGUGUGUGUGUGUGUGUGUGUGUGUGUGUGUGUGUGUGUGUGUGUGUGUGUGUGUCAUAUCAGGACACAACUGUGUAUAAUGACAUGGGUAUGACACAGGUAUAACAAGGGGAGGUUGACUUAUUUUCACAAUUUUUCAAAACGCUUAUAAAUCAUACAGAGUUAGAGAUGAAUCAUAUAGAGUUUUUUUGAGAAAGUAAAAAUGCACAAAGUUUCCUGUGAGGGUUAGGGUUAGGUUUAGGGUUGGUGAAGGGCCAUAGAUUAUACAGUUUGUACAGAAUAAAAACCAUUACACCUAUGGGAUGAACACACUUUACACAAAAACAAACGUGUGUGUGUGUGUGUGUGUGUGCACUUUUAAAAUAAUAAUAAUAAUAAUAUUAUUAUUUAUAGUGCCUUUCUGAAACCCAUGGUUGCAUAAGUUUGGAUUUUUUUUUUAAAUAAAUAGACAAAUAAAAUUAAAUAGACAGAUAACAAACAUACAUAACAAAAUGCAAUACACAGACCAAGAGCUGAAGAGUAAUGUUUUAAGAGUUUUUUUUUUUUUUUUUAAGAAAAUCUGACAGUUAUUUAAAAUUUAGUCCAAACUACAUUUCUUCUCUUUGCACACAUACAAACAUUUGAGAAAGAGUGAAGGAGCAUUUAAAAACAGAGCAUCUGUUUUCUUAAUUUCCAUCACAAAAUUAUGUAUAAAGGCAGCAUAUUUUCUUAUUAGUCAUUUUUUUAUUUUAUUCAACAUUUUAAGAGGAAAAGAACAUGCCCAGUCCUUCACUUGGUCACUAAAGUUUUAAUCACCUGUAUUUUCUUUCUUGUUUUUCUUUUAAUCUAAAACAAAAACAUAAUGUGGAAUCAAACCAUUAAAACUAAAGUUAAUUACAAACUUUAUUAUUUGGCUUUGCACAAACAAGUCAGAGAAAAAUGCAAAGGAAAGUUUCACAAGGAACAUCUGUUUUAAUCAAUAAAUGAUGAGAAAGGCAGGAAAUGUUCAUGUUAGUUAUUUUUAUUGGAAAUUUGGGAGAUGAUUAGUGACUGGCAUGAUAACAAGAUUAAUCCUUCACUCGAUAACUAAUGUUUUAAUUAGUUUCUUACAUUUUUAUUUAAUUAACACACUUGUAUAAAAAUGUACAUUUUGACUAUUAAAAAUGUUAUUUUCAGUUCAUGGUGUUUCUCUUUUAAAAUAUACAAACACACACAAGAUUUACAAAGAAACAUUCAAGCAUCUGAUCCCUGAUUUUCUUUAGAAAGGUAAACUAUUUUUAUUGCAAAAUGUAUAAAUGCAUUUGGAAUUGAAAGUGAAAAGGACCUGUACAAGAUGAAUAUUUUACUAAGUCACUAAUGUUUUAAUUAGUCUGUUUUUAUUUUUAUCCCAGGCAGAAAAUCUCUUGUAAAAUCUUGUAAAAUUUAAAUUCAAACUAUUAAAAUAAUAUAAUUUAAACAUU